GCAGAACCUCUGACACACACUCAACUUCAGCCCGCAACAACACACACUCCUCUGCCUCCUGUCGCCGCCGAACCUUGUGAUGUUCUGUCCGUUCCGGGUCAGUAGUUAAUGAGGAUUAGUACCCCCCCCCCACCCCCACCCGGAUGCUGUGGUUCUGGGUUCAUUUCAGUCCAGAUGCCUCUGACAGGACGGUUCUGAUUAAUCUGAUGUGUUCUGGUUCUGCUGGGAGCUCCGCGAACUGAAAUCACUGGAACAGGAUCGGAACCUCAGGAGAUCAGUGAAGACGUSCUGCGGGGACCAGAACUAAAUGGACCCGGUCAUGUCCUGCGGCAGGACGGGACCGGCCGCGGCCCCCAAGGCCCUGGCCUUCUCCAUCGAACGGAUCAUGUCUAAGAGCUCGGAACCGAAGAGGGGUUCGGAGGAGCGCUCCGAGGGCAGGAAGCUGCUCGGGUUCUGCUCYCCGAUUCCCUGCAUGAUCCCCCUGCAGCCCCUCAGCUACGACCUGCAGGCCAAGGCUCUGAUGAACUACUCGGAACUGUGGCGGUCCAGUUUCAGGGGCACUCUGUGCGGCUCGGGGGCCUCUCCGGGUCUGAAGCAGCCGGUACCGACGUCCGGGAGCAGAGUGGUGAAACCCCAGGUGCUGCACCAGGCCGUGGCCGUGCCCAGCUGCGGGUCCUUCUACUACCUGAACUACCUGGAGUCCGCGUACCAGCAGUCCGACUUGCUGACGGGACCGUGGUUCUCUGGCCCGCAGGCCCAGGCCUCUCUGUCGGCCCACCACAGACUGCUGCUGCUGGACAACAGCAAGCUGAGCGGUUCCGAGAAGCCGCCCACCCCUCAGUACCCUCACAAGGAGCACCUGCCCGGCCAGCUGGACCAAAUCGUGAAAGARAAUCAGGUUCUGUCCGCCGAAAAGAGCUGCGCGAAGACGCACGGGAAGGUGAGCGGCACCGGGACCGGAGGGGACGGGAAACACAAGAACUUCACAUGUGAAGUGUGCGGAAAGGGAACUAUAAAAAUCACAAGUUGACCCACAGYGGGGAGAAACAGUACAAGUGCUCCAUCUGCAACAAGGCCUUCCAUCAGAUCUACAACCUGACAUUCCACAUGCACACGCACAACGAUAAGAAACCCUUCACUUGCUCCACGUGCGGGAAAGGCUUCUGCCGCAACUUCGACCUGAAGAAGCACAUCAGGAAGCUGCACGACAGCGGCUUCUCCUCAACCUCAGACGCCUCCAGGGAGCUGCAGAGCUGAGGUUCUGCUUGGACUGAACCAGCUCUUCUGAGCCAGAACCCUGUUGGUUCUGACUGAAACUGCACAUUAUCAGCUGUGGUGAGUUUUAGGAGCCAGUUCCAGCAGAGACCCUGCAGAACCAGGCCCCUGUCUUGGACGAUGACUUUAGGGAGUUUUAUUUCUCUCUAUGAAUAGAACCUCUUGCUCUAUUUCAAACAAAGAGAAGAAUGGAAGUAUAAAAAUGUAAAUAAAUGGCUUGAAAAGGUUAUUUAAAAUGUUGCAAUGUUGUGUAUUUUACAAAAAAAAUGUCAUUGUAAAUAAAUAAUUUAUAACUUAUAAUAAAKAAGAGCUGUUUAAUUUU